GCUAAGGAAGGGAGAUAGAGGUCCAUAUACAAAGAAGAGCUCAGUUGCUCAGAAUGUGUUGUACUUUCCUACCAGGGAGAUAUACUGUCCUCCUGGUGUAGGGGUCAUAUUGGUGUCACUGUGGAGAAGUAAAACACAUAAGUCACAAGAUGGCAGCAUAAUCUCACUAGUCAGGGUCACAGAAUUUGAGGGCUCAGGUCAUUCAUUCCCCUGCUCAGCCUCCUUUUUUGAAGAAUCUGGAAGUCCAGUGCCUAGCUGUUUCUUCUCAGGGUCUAAAUUAUCAUCUAUGUAGGUGGAAAUCUUGUUAUGUAACUUUUUAAACCAACAGAUUGAAUUUAAAUUCAGCUGCACUUUGAUAGUGUUGAAGUAAACUGUCCACCUGGCAUUCAGUACUGAACAAAAAAUUAUAUCAGCAUGUUGUCUAUCUAAUGAAUACAAAAAACAGCAUUUAUGGAAAAUAACUUUGGCUGCAAAUAACUUAUGGCAUAACUUGGCUGGCUCUGCAACCAAAAGUUACGUUUCUUAGUCUUUUUCUUUCUUCCUGCUCUCGAGGGCAGUGCAUUCUGAACCCUGCCCCAAAUACACACUUUUUAGUGAACGUUAUAUAUAUUUUUGGCAGCAAUGAGUGAAGAGUUGAUUUUAUGUAUUCUUCUGUUUAUUGUAUAUAUACUAUGGUAUAUAUAUGUAUAUAUAUAUAUAUGGUAUUGAAUUUUCAUCUGUCUUACUGUCUGCCUUUGUCUCUCUCUUUCAAAGAAGAUAUCUGCCCAUUCUUACUGUUCUUCAUGAGUUCUACCUUUUGAAUGUGCAGUACUUGAUCUGGAAAACAUGAUCUGUACUAGGGAGGGAUGAUUCAUCACAUCAAUCACUAUAUUAUAUAAUGCAGAAUGAUAACCUCCACUGAGAACAUUUCUAGCAGCAGUGUUCCCGCAUGUGAAUUUAAAUGUUCUCCUGAGGUUUCUCUGUAAAAUUAAAUGAGGUACUUGUAAUUACUUGGAACACAAACAAACCAUGGGAGCAAGGCAGGAAUCUGUACCUUUUCAAAUUAAUUUCAUUUUUUUUAUGGUGCUGCAAAAUUAAACCAUAGGGUGGGCACACUUUCCAGGUGCAUUUUUAUGGAAGACAGAAUUAUAGUUCUAUCAUUAGUUUGUAUCUAUCAAAUGAAUGUGAAAUUUUGGCAUGUGUGCAAACUGUGCUAAUAGACAUUUACCUUCUGAACUUACUGGUGCAUUUUCUGAUGACAUUUUUGCAAACUUUUGAAUACAUGCUGAAAUCCAGAAUGGCUUUGUUUUGUGUAUUUGUUCAGCUGAAGGUUGUUCUAUCUGAGUUUACUCUUACCAGUCAAUAUACGGUUGCAUCUGAGCAUCCCUAAAUCUAAAUUUAAUUAAGAAAGAAAAGUAAGGAAAGUCUACACUGCCCUUUCCAUUAACGUGUAGUUUCUGGGCUAAGCAGUUGGCCACAUGGUGUCACUGUGUCCUAAGGCAGCAAAACCCCUCGGAAUAAAGCCUUUAGCAAUUUCAAAGUAUCUCAACUAUGUCAUGUUAUCUAAAGGAGAUGCUUCAUAAAAUCGACACAAUCUCAGAAGCUUUUCUAUAGACAUACUUCAGGAAAAUAUUUUAUACUAAGUGUCUGUUUCCUGGCUCCUUCUGUUUUCCUGGAAGGUAUCAGAAAUGUUUUUGCCCAGAGGCUUUUGUUCUCUGUAAGUCUGCAUUUUGGAGCACGUCUAUAUGGAAGACUUUUUUGUAAAUUGAUGCAAGUGUGAGAUUUAAAAAUUCGUUGGUGCUGGACUCAUCCUGCAUUUUAGUCAUAGAUCUCUGCUCCUUCUGUCUAUGUAUAUGUGAAUGCAGAACAUCCUUUGGCUCUUCUGCCCAGGGGAAACUUGGCCUUAUGGUACUCAGAGCAAUAGAAACUGUAGAUCCUGAGGCCCACAGAAUGCUAGUUAGUGCACACUAGUCCUGACAAAUGCUUUGCACAGCACACCUACUCAAGAGAUCUGUGCCAAAAGCUGAUACAUUGCAUGCUUAGGAAGUUUCAUAACGUACAGCUAUAGCAACAACUGAGUGAAAUGCUUACUGUACAGAUACAGUAUGAGCUUUAGCUGAGAAGAUGAUGUGAUACAUGGCUCAAGGUGUAUUGAAAGACCACAAAAUCUUGUGUAGCACAACUAUUGGUGCGUACUGCUUCUUCUGUAAAAUGGUGAGGAAGCCUAGAACAGUAGGCCUUACACUAACAGCCUCACAGUUUGUGUAGCCAAGGUUAAGACUCCAUGGAGAGGAGAGAAAACCGACUCUGGAAGUGACUCACCACUUAAGUAGAAUGCAGGGGGCUUUUAUAUUGCUGGAACAUUAGGUAGACACUGCUUUUCCAAAGUCAGUUGUUGUGUCUUCCAUGAAACUUACUCUCUGCGUAGCUGCUGAGAAUUGUGUAUGUAUCUCAGUGAUAGUUUCAGUACCAACUUUGUACUAGGGUCCUGGAGUUCAGCUGUAGCCUGUUUUGAGGCUCGUUUAUCUGUCAUUAUCUUAUCUUCAAUUUAAAUACACAGUCAAACCUACUUAAAGUCAUUAGGUCUGUGCAGUGUGGUUCUAUGAGUAAUUGUGGUGCCUCAGUAUGAGUUAUAAUGCAUUGGUAUGAAUUGAGGAAAUGGCUAUAGAGAAGAUUCAUAAAUUUUUAAUGUAAUAAAAGACAUGUCUAACAAAAAUGCCAUUUAAUUGAAAGCUUACAUUUGUCUUAGUGGAAUCCUGUGAAGGGAAAUAGUAUGCUAUUUGUGUAUUAUUGGAAAUAACUGUGUUAACCGAUAUUUGAAUGGGACAUGAGACUAAAUGCUAAAAAAAUCUGGGUGGUCAGAUCUCACAGGCUAGAGCUGAGCAGAGAGAAGUUGUAUUUCCUCUUCUUACUUGCACUGUAACAACAGCUUAGUAGUAUGCAGUGUUCUGGCUUGUAAUUCCUCUCCUUCUCCCCCUCCACUGCUUUUGUAAUUAUGUGAACAAUAGAAAUUGAACAACUAGAAAUAAUUCCUCCAUGGCCUCUGUGCUGGUGGUAGUCCUUAGGAUAAGAGCUUCUGCUUGAUAUGGUUCAUCCUGUGGAAGAAAAGCCUGAAGCACGGAGUAGCAUGGAAUGGUAAUGCAGAGAGGCAGGAGGUGUACAGGCCAUCUUGGGAGUAAAUCUGGCACACUGUCAAAACAAUUUGUCCUUGUUCUAUGAAUCUUGGAAACUGCUGACCUCAUUAUUGAGACACAAAAGGACUCUUGAUAGUGUGUGAGGGAGUCCUAUCUUAACUACUGUAAUUAUCCUAAUGGCGCUGCUGCCAUACUGGUACAUCAACUGUAAACAGGAAAAGCUGAAACCCGGUGACACAGAUGAAAUGCAAGUGAAGGGCUAGUGUUUGUGUAGUAGGGAUAUGAAUAAAGAAAUAGACACUGGCUCAGGAGCUCCUUUCACAAUGUUUGCUGAGGGAAGAAAGGUGUGAGGAAGGGGAAGGGAAUGUGUAUCCUACCUUCAUGGUAUUAUGAACCCAACUCUCUGGAAGCAAGGCUUCUUCUGAGAUAGCUUUUGUGUCUUGUCACGUGCCAUGUAUUUCUUGGGCAGCUCUGUUACUCCAUAUUUGUUGAAGAGUUACAUUCUGUAUGAGGGCAUUCAGAUUCUGAUGUUGUUAGACUAAGAGGUAGACUCCUUGAAAUAAUGGGAACAGCUUGUCUCUUUGUGUGAGCCUUUUUUAUAAAGCACAUAGGCUUUCACUGCCUGUGGAUAUCAGUCAACAUUACACUCCUAAUAUAUGCCGAGAUGUAAAGGAAGGCUUCAUGCAUGGAAGAAAGACCGAUUUUUCAGAGCUGUGGCCAGAUAUCAUUAUUUAAUAUGACCUAUACCAUGUAUACAUUUCUCUCUGUACCUCCUGACUUCCUACUGUCUGAUUGAGCUAUACAUAAAAGCCAGUCAUCCACGCUUGGUUUAAAAUUAGAGAUCAUGUGGGAGGGAAAUGUGGUGCGGAGGCUGAGGUGAGCAGGGGGUCACAGUAUGAAAGGAAAGUGUAGGAGGGAAAAUACAUAGUUUAGCUAUAAGACAGAUUUGAAGGAUCAGAAAUAGAAUUUAUUGUCACUUUUGAUACUGCGGUACUGAGAAAUGUCAAAAGACAAAUGAGCCCCAUUUUGUUAAAAGCAACAAAACUCCCAGAUGAGCUGUUGCUCAAAAAAAAACCCCUACAAUCUGAACAGAUUACAUGAACACCAACGCAAACACCAACACACAUGAGAAAGCAGAAGAGAAAGGACAGGAGUUAAACAGCAAUUAAGCCUACAAAUAAAACACCUGGGUUGGGUUUUUGGUGGUGAACACAGAAGAGAGGCUGAAGUAAUGAUUUGAAUAUAUUUCUUUGUUGUGCUCUGCUUCAUCAAACACUUCAGCACCUGAACUGGCAAGUGACUUGUAACUGAGAGUUACCCUGUUCAUACCAGUUAGAGUGUUCCAGAGAAGAACAUGUGCAAAUAUCUAAGAAGGUCAAAGCUUUUGACUUUUCGAAUUAAUGAGGUAACAACUAAAUGGACAGUAGAGAAGCUGGUACUGUAUAACCUGAGAAACCACUGAUGAACUUCCGGUAGCAGUGGAUCAGGAAGAUAUCUCUGAAUCUUUUCAGUACUUCUUGUUCCAGCUGCAGGUGACUUUGAGCUUUCUGUAUUUUGCUAUAGGUUGUUUUUUGACUCACGGAGUUCCUCUGCUCCCCUGAAUAGUUUGGAGUGGUGAGGGACUGUUGUAAGUGAUGGGAAUUGUACUCAUGCUCGGCAUCAUGCAGGUAGCAGUAAAAAUGCAGAGAUGCUCUGUCAUCAGUAUGGUUCAUGUUAAAUACUGUCUUGACACAGACUGGCCACAUAAUGGUGAUGAUUACAUGUGUGAGGAGGAAGGAAGUGAAUCCUAGAAUGAUCACAGCCAGAACUAAAAUUAAGAAAUCAAAUGCAUGUUCCUGUCUCUAGAAACUGAAGUGUGAUGGCAUGGGUUCCUCGAUGCAGUUCUUCAUCCAAAAUGUUAGGUGUAAAAGUAAUAGUUAAUAGACAGCUAUAAAAUUCUGCUCAUAUUUAGAAAAGCAUCAAAUAGCUUUACAGCUUUGUUUCUUGGUUUUGCAAUGGAUACUGUAAUGUGUUCUAUUUAGGUUAUUAAUAUAGACUUUAUAAUAUAGGAGCAUAUUGAAUGAAAAUUAAACUGCCUUGGUCACUACUUCUUACAGACUUUGCCUGGUGCCUGAGUGAAACUACUAAUUAAGUUUGUGACUCCCAGGUUAUUCCCCACAGACUUGAAGGUUGUUUGGCUGAGGACAAGUGAACAACAUUUAGCUGCAUCUGUAAUAAUGUAAUGCAAGCGUUAAUUUAAUUUGAUUCAGAGCCACAUAAGUCUGGACAAUGUUCUAUUUGGUACUCUGCAGACCAUCUGUAAAAUGAUGUCUCCUGUGAUACAGAAGCUUAGUAGGAAUACACUGAGUUUCUCAGAACCAGUAUGCACUCUCUGCAUUCAUAAACUGAAGGUGUCUGAAAAGGGUGUUUUCAAAUGUUAACUUUGGAUUCUUCAUAUUCUGUAAUGGUAAUUUCUUUUUGCAAUUCUAGUUCAUGUUUCUUCCAUGUUGCUCCAGUUUCCCAGACAUCAGGUGAACAGAUCAUUGCUACUUUCAAUUAACUGUACGGAUUGCUUGUUAACUUGCCUAGGAUGUGUGGAAAAUUUAUGACAGAGUCAAAGAGUAUUUGAAUGGAGAAAAAGGAAGCAUUACCAUUUAAAUUCUCACUUCCUAUCUCCUCUUUUUCCUGUAAGCAGAGCACAAAGCUGUUGCACAAUCCAUUCAGUGCUCCACAUAUCUAUCCAAGCUGUUUGUUUAUCAAGUCUGAGGAGGAGGAAGAAAUAGUAUUUGCUAACAACAGCCAGGUGCUUCCCAUUCACAGUUUUAGCACGCGUGAGGAAGUGAUGUUUGAUUAAUAGACCAGAUCGUAAGUUUUCUGAUGCAACACUUACUCUUUUGAAAAUGUUGAUUGGGUUUUGCAUUGCUUGGUUGUCUGGUUCUCCAGCUUCACGGGAACCUGCUUGGAAAGUUGUCAUGCUUUCGUAAAUCUUGUGAACCCACCUGUCCUGUUCCACUGGCUACCCACCAUUCUGUGAUGCCAUGACACUGCUAGCUUCACCUGAUUACCAGGAGCUACCCUCUAGGCUGGUCAGCAAUUGUAUGAGCUGCCCAUUUGAAGUCCUUCAGCUGUUGGCCAAUUCCUUUGCUUUCAGCUAGUUAGAUCCCAUAGCAUCAAAAAUUGUAGCCUACCCAAGUGACUGCUUGGCCAUCCAUAUGGUAGUGAAACAGCUAUGUAGGCAAAAUUCUGGCGUGAGGAAUGAAGCAUCAGCCCAGGAAUAUUUCAGAAUCUUUUAUUUAUUUUAUUUAUUCUUAAUUUUUAUAUGUGUUAGUGAAAUCUACUUGGGGAGGGUGAAGAGAGGUGUGCCAAGAAGAUUUCCUUUGAGAUGAGUGUUCCAGUUCCCGGUACUGGUGCAGGGCUGUGAGCUGAAUUAUCUGGCAUCUUUUCCACCCCUCAUAUUCAUUUUUUCUGUGAAUCUUCAUGCUUUAGGCAGAUCUCAUGGACUGUGCUAGUUGUCCAUGAUCUCCAGGUAAGUUUUUAUGUGCCAGCUAAUCUGAGUUAUUGUCUACAUGUCACUAGAGAGAGAGGCCAGAUUAUUCCUCAGAAAAAAAACGUAAUUCUAUUGCUUCAGCUCCUGAAGUGAGCUUAGCAUUUGGCCCAAGGAGUGCUACUGUCCUUAUACUGUCCUUAAUCUUGUUAGUUCUGGAGUACUGUUUGGAGGGUAGUUACUGCCAGGAGUGAACUGAACCCGUCAUGUUUUGCAUGUUAUCUGAAAUCAGUUCUUGUAGAACCUUGUAUGGUUCUUCCCUGUAUGCUUCUUCUGGCUCUUCUGAGCCAAUAUCUAAGGGCUGUACUUGAGUAAAGGUAGAUCCUUGAAAAAAAAAUUGCUUACAGGGCUUUAUGGGGAUUUGACACAGCAGAAGGGUUAGAGAGGAUAUAGCGCUCUGUGUGUCAUAAUAUGACAGUAAACUUUGUUUUUUAAUUACUCUUGGUCUGUAUAAUAACAUUGAGUAGCAAACAUUGCCUUAGUAGAUCUUGCCCCAAAGAAUUUGUAGUCACUUGAACCGAAAAACAAUAGGAUACAACAAAUGGUAAUUUCACGAUUCUGAAAAGAUGAUUAUUCAAAAAAUACAAGGGGUUAGUGGCAGCUAAGAAAGAUACUCUUCCUUUGAUAAUUUGAAAUGAAAUGCCUUAAACAUAAGUCAAUUCUUCCUGCCAGCCAAGUGGUGAAGUGUAAUGCUUACCUAACUCUUCAAAGGUCUUUACUGAAGCAAUUUUGUACUGACAUCAGUGUCAGACUAUUUGAAUAAGAUCUGAAGAUAAAGGUCUCAGAAACUGGCUUGAGUGGAAUUACACUGAGGUAUCUUACUCAAUUAUUUCAAUUAGAUGCUCUGCAAUCACUUGGUUUAGAACAAAAGAACAAUUUCUGAAUCACAGAAUCACAGAAUCACAGAAUUGUAGGGGUUGGAAGGGACCUCCAGAGAUCAUCGAGUCCAGCCCCCCUGCCAAAGCAGGUUCCCUACACCAGGUAGCACAGGUAGGCAUCCAGGCAGGUCUUGAACAUCUCCAGAGAAGGAGACUCCACCACCUCCCUGGGCAGCCUGUCCUGAACUUAAACACAGUGGAUUUCAGUGUGUGGUUUUACAUUGACGCAUCGUGGAAAGACAGCACUCCAGACCUCAGAUAGCCCCAGAUAAAUAAUAAGCAAUUUCCUCCCAUCUUGAAGCUACAGAGAUCACCAUCUCACCAUAUUUACACCGACACCUGCAAAAUAUCUAAGGAAAUUAUUAGCUUUCUUACCCUGGUCAGGAUAAAGACAUAGGUAAAGAGCCAGAGAUAUUGAUUUUACUGUAUGAUAUCUUAAAGAUUGCAGUGGUUCAUGAGAUAGGUAAGAGAAUAUGACACCUUUUACUUUUCUGAAAAGGGUUUGGAUCUUGAUAGCCAAAAAGACUAUUAACUUAGUAAUGCUGCUAUCACCUGACAGCUGCUCAGGGAGAGAUAACGUAGUGUUUUGUUUUAAUUAACAUUAGGUGUGAUGUAAAUGGAUGUUUGCAGUAUAUUCAGAGGUGUGAAAUAAUUUCAAAUUAGGUGUGGAUUUUGCUCAACCAGAACUGUGUGUGGAGGGAGCAGUGAAACUUAGAAGGCUUUUAUUUCAAAAUGAAAUACUUCAGUCUUGAAAGGUCUGACAGUCUGACAUUUCUGAAGCUUUUUUAUAUGCUCUAAUUUCACAUGGCAUUGUUUAAUUGAAAAAUGGAGAUAUAGUUUAAUGCAAUUUUUUUUGUGCAAAUUAUUUAUUAUAAUUUUGUAGACGAGAUAGAGAAAAUACUUUGACAAAAAUUUAUUUGAAUUUGAACAUAGACUAUUACUUACUCAAAUUACUGUAAUUUUCCUAACCCAGCCUCUGAGCUGAGCAAGGCAGGAACUGAUUUAUGAGGCAUGGAGAAAGUGGCUGCCAUCUCACAUUGCUACUGUUGUGUGCAACAAGAAGUCUCUGCAAAGUUACCCCAUCUUCCACCUCCAUCUUGUCAGCAAUGUGGCAGUGUCUAGCUCUAAGAAGAUCCACACUUCUCUCUACUUAGCAGAUUUCAUGAGAUGAAUGAAAAAAUGAUUUCAAGCAAAAUCAUGAUUUAUUUUUAUAAGAGGGGUUCUCAGUAAUUGCCAUACUUUCUUGAUAAGCUGUUAAGAUGGAGCAUCAAAGGACCGAGUGUUUCACUGGGGGUACUUUUUGUCCAUCAGUUCUAGAAACAUUCUCAUGUGAAAUUUUGCUAUGCUGGUGCCAUUGCUGGGAUAAAUCGUAGAAACUGCUCCAUGGGCCUUCAGUACCGUUUAUAAGCUCUGCCUCACCUUUUAAGUUUACGCCAACAGGAUGAUCCAAAUCACAGCCAUUUUCAAUUCCUGUCAUUUUGCAGCUUGGUUUCUGACAGCUUAGCUGUGCCUGUGAGUAGCUUCAUACAAAGGUUGUUAGUGAGCAGCACACUGGGUAACUUACCUGGAGCCAAACAUCAUAUUAAUUACCAUUUGUUUCUUGCAUACUGGGAAGAGUUUAGGUUUGCAUUCCUUCCAUUGGGAUUCUAUUUCUUAGGAUCUCUUGUUUGAGAUUGCCAGCAGUUUCUGUAUGAAGCAUUUCAACUCAAGUGUGAUUUGGUAUGGCUGUUUCUGUUUUUAAUUCUCUUGGCUUAUUUCCAAGUACUUUCUUAGUAUUAAUUCAGAAAAGCAUUGAGAUUCAGUUGUAAAAGUAGGAUGAUAUCAACUUAAUUAACGUGUAAAGUCUUUCUAGAAUCUCUCUUCUCUUUGUGUCCAGAGCAGCAUUUUAUAAAAUAUAACCACAGAUAGAACAUAUUCUCUACAUCUAUCAACUCCAAUGAUAUAAUCCUGCCAUGACUGUUCGCACCUAUAGCAAAAAGGGAGGGAGAAGGCUUUCUACCUCCCCCCCUGAAGAUACUGCCUAUUAUUCAGUUAAUUCACUUCAUGCAUUCUGCUGUAUGCCCUCUCUAUUUUGGAUUUAAGCUUUUAGAUUUAUUUUUCCUUCUUUAUGCACUUGAAUUUCUUUGUCUUACUUUCCCCAUCCUGUACAUUUUUUGUAUAUCCGUAGUGAGGCCUGACAUCAUGCAUCCCAUCUCCCCUAUCACCAGGAGGAAAUGGAUGUGGUGCUUGUCAGUGUGCUUGUUGACAAGCAACACAAAUGUUUUAUGUAUUUUGGCCAUUUUGAUUUACUGGAAACAUUAAUUUCUUGGAGGGGCUAUUGGAAAAAUUAAUUCCAUAGCUCUCCAAAAUAACUUCUACACCUUGACUGGAAGACAUUUAAGAGCUUUUUUUCUUCUUUCUUGUUCCAUAAAGGCCUGGGUCUCCCUGCUGCAGCUGUUCUGUUUUGAAUGUGUUGCUCCGUUUCCAAGCAGACAUACCCCUCUUUGAAUGGAGUUCACUUUUCUCUGGCUGUUUUUCCAUUUGCUUUCUCUUUAGGAGGUGAAUUUGUCAGCCUACUAUUUUGGUCUCUCAAUUCAGCUACAGCAGUAGAAACUGUGAUCAAAGCUGCAACAGCACUAUGGAGGAGGAAAACCAAAACUCCAUUCUGGAUAACAGAUUUUUAACAGAAUUGCAAGUUCGCAAUUCUUUCUAUCUUUCUAGGGCUUUUGUAGAUGCCUUUUGAUUUCCUCUAUUUUACAGCAGAUCUUUAUUUCAGAUAUCUUUCUUUUUAGUAUUUUAGAGAUGGCAGCCUAAGUCUUUAGGCUCUGUCCUGCUACUUGGCUAAUCCUGCAUCCAUCCUGUAGCAUAGUGGCUGCAUUGUCAGUCACAGAGUCUCCUUGAAAUGUAAAUCUGAGUUCUUUAUUAUGACUUGCAUAAACCCAGGAUCACUUGAAUAAAAUGUUUUGGUUUUUUGUUUGUUUGUUUGUUUUUGUGGGAAGUGUCCUAUAAAGUGGCCUAAACAUGAUUGACAGCAUGUAAGAAAAAAAAAAAAAAUACAGCCAAAAAUUUCAGAUUGUUCGAUUGUUCUGUGGAAGAACUUAAGAUACAGAUACAGACAAUUCAUCUACUGACUAGAAGGAAGAGAUGGAAAGUGAAGAGAGACUUUCUGAACAUGGCAGAAUUCACCCAUAAGCCAGGAAGGAUUGUCUUGAGAUAAUAACAAAAGGUUAUUUCAGCAGCAACAACAAGCCGUGAGUGUGUUUGUCAGCUGACAGAUCUGUUAUCCAAAUUGGGUUUUCUGUUGCUGUCGCCAUCUUGUGUGCUAUGGGAAGCCCACCAGCCAAGAUGAAGAUUUGUCCCAUCUACAUGCUUUCUGUAAGAAUCAUACAAGCCAGGAACAUCAAGUCAAGAGACCUAUGGACAGUUCCACUUUCCUGCCAAAACCUUGCGGGGCAUUGUUAUUCACUGCUUGAUACCAGUCUGAAGUAUUUAGGCCUCUCGGGCUGCAGUAGACGUCUUCAGUCAAGUCCAGACUCCAGCUCUGAAAGACAUCAACUUGGAGAUUUCUUUUCACACCGUUGUCAAGCUUCACAAAUGACUGCAUCAGACUGCUAUGUGCGCUUGUGGCUGCCAUCUGCUUCAAAUGAAAAGCUUCAGACCAAAACUAUCAAGAAUUCGGACAACCCUGUCUGGAAUGAGACUUUCUACUUUAGGAUCCAGAGAGAAGUUGAGAACAUUUUAGAAUUGGCGGUGUGUGACGAAGAUCCACUCACCAAAGAUGACAUGCAGUUCACAGUUCUUUUUAAUAUUGCUAGAGUCAGACCUGGAGAGAGAGUCCGUGAGAAGUUUGCUUUGAAAUCAGAGAAAGAGAGGUGCAUUAAGAAAUGGGAAAGUUUGGAAGUGGAAUUCUGGAUGGAAAAAAUUCCUGGCCCUCCAGAGUAUGUCAUUACCAACGAUGUCCUAGUGUCCCGUGAAGUUUGGUGUUUGGAAGUACAAGUGGACCAUAGUGAAAGCAGGAAAUAUUUGCGAGAGGGUAAGAAUCUUGUGCUUACGGUGCCUGCAUCUCAUGAAGGAACACAGAAAGCUACAGAAGACACAAAUACCUUCUACUUCCAUUGUGUGAAGGCUUGGGAGCCAGUUCUAAAAGCCAGGCUACAGAAAAUUUCUGAUAAGGAAGAUGACACAAACAAUUUAAGUGACGCCUUAACAGUACCACUGAAAUUUCUCCCUGUUGGGCAUAAAGUGAAAGUAACCCUCCCUGUAAGACAUAAUGUGCCACUGCAGUUGUACCUCCAAUUGAAUGACUGCACAGAAAAACUUGAUGUGCGCUUAGGAUACGAUCUGUGCCGAGAAGAGCAGGAAUUCUUGCAAAAAAGGAAGAGAGUGGUUGCCAGUGCCCUGAAAAGGGUUUUUCAUCUGGAAAGAGAUCUACAUGAACAUGAGGUCCCAGUAAUAGCUGUUAUGGCAACAGGCGGAGGCCUCAGAGCAAUGUCAGCUAUGUUUGGCCAUCUCUUAGCUCUUCAGAAGCUAAAUCUGUUGGACUGUGUUACCUAUCUCACUGGGGCUUCUGGCUCAACAUGGACCCUAGCAGACCUGUAUGAACACGCAGAUUGGUCACAAAAGAGUCUGGAGGGGCCACUCAGAGCAGUAAAAGCACAGGUGACAAAAUGCAAGCUAAACCUCAUGUCUAUGGAGCAUCUGAAGUAUUAUCACAAGGAACUUGCUGAAAGGGCAAAAGCAGGACACGUCUCAUCUUUUACAACGCUGUGGUCACUUGUUCAGGAAAUGUUCUUACAUGGACGGCCAAGGAAGUACAAACUCACAGACCAGCGCAGGGCAUUGGAGUAUGGGCAAAACCCAUUGCCUUUCUACGCAGUCCUCAAUGUCAAAGAGGAAAAGUUCAGUACUUUCAAAUUUAGAGAGUGGGCUGAGUUUUCUCCUUAUGAAGUGGCCAUACCAAAGUACGGAGCCUCCAUUCGUUCAGAAUAUUUUGACAGUGAGUUCUUCAUGGGAAGGCGAGUGAAAAAGCUGCCAGAAUCUCGGAUCUGCUAUCUAGAAGGUCUUUGGACAAACAUCUUUACCAGGAAUUUGCUGGAUGGCUUGUACUGGUCCUCAAAUUCAAAUGAAUUCUGGGAGCGAUGGGCCAAAGAUAUGGUAGAUAUAGAGAAACAUUCUCCUGAGGAGGAUACCACUAUCAUUGAGCCUCCAUCUUGUUUGUCGGGGAAGUUGUAUGAAAUGUUUCAGGACAUUAUAACGAAGCGGCCACUACUGGGAAAGUCUCAUAACUUCCUGAGAGGCUUAGAAUUUCAUAAGGAUUAUGUCCACCAGCAAAAAUUUAUUGAAUGGAAAGACACUGUGCUGGACUCGUUCCCUAACAGUCUGACGCCACUGCAGAAAUAUCUUUGCCUGAUAGAUGUUGGCUAUUUCAUUAACACCAGUGGUGCAGCACUUUUCAAGCCAGAGAGGAACGUAGAUGUCAUUAUCUCACUUGAUUAUGGUUUGGGGAAUGCGUUCAAGCAAUUAGAGAUGACAUACAAAUAUUGCAAGAUACAAAAAAUCCCAUUCCCCAAAGUGGAGAUAAGUGAAGAAGAAGCAAAGAACCCAAAGGAAUGUUAUGUGUUUGAAGAUGCAGAGGACCCAAGAGCACCCAUAGUAAUUCAUUUCCCUCUUGUGAAUGACACAUUUAAGGAAUUCAAGGCACCUGGGGAAAAGCGCAGUCUCUCAGAGAUGGAAGAAGGCAAAGUAAAUCUGGAAAACAACUGUUCACCCUAUUACCUCAUUAGGCUAAUCUACUCUCCUGAAAAUUUUGACAAACUUGUGAACCUGAGCAAGUACAACAUCCUCAACAACAGAGACCUGCUCUUUCAGGCACUUCAGAAUGCUGUAGAACGGAAAAUAAGUUGCACGACUUGGAAUCUCCCCAGCCACUCUGGAGCUGGAUAUGCCUAGGCUGGGUUUUCAUUCUUUUCCUCACUGAAGGCUACAACAGUCACAUUACAAUGAACUCAUAACAAUCACAGUCACAUUACAAUGCAUCACAGUGUUCAUGAUUUGCAGGAGACUCAGGAAACCUGUACAUUUCUCAUCUUGCCUUGUUCAAGUUCCUGGCUUUCAAAAGAAUUUAUGCAAUCUUCCUCACCCAAGUUUUCAGACCAUAAGAGCCUCACAGUGUAGUUUUACUUGACAAGAAAUGAGAGUCCUGGUUAGCAGAGAACUUUCAAGAAUUUCCCAAUGCUGUAAAAAAUGGUGGUGGUUAUAGCAAUAGUUCUUUACAUGUGCCUGUUCCCUCAAUCCUGAGCCCAUUAUCAGUGCUUUUUGAAUGAUACAAUUAUUUACAAACCAAGUCCUGGCCAUUUGCAUUCAGUAAUGUCCAGAUUUUCAGCUAGUCUGAGCAGCAAGAAUUUGCACUGAAUUGGUGGGCUCAGCUCUGAAGUCAGGCCAAAGAGUCAUACAUACCUGUUAACAGCAGCCAAUCUGCAGUGCGGACUGUUACAUUUUGUUUGGCUAAUUCCCCUUGCUGAUGUAGAAAUUAUUCCUUUAUUCCAUUCCCCUGCAAAUGUUUGGCACAGAAAUGCUGCUCCAGACUGCCACGAAGGGGGCAGUUACAUUUCAAGAAGAGAAGACAUGAGACUAUGGUUCUUGCUUUCAAGUUUUGGCUAGAGGAAAAAUUCCACUUAAGGCAUGAGUGAUUAUUUUCAUUUAUAUGGGCAGUGCCUGUAUGAAUUAAAAUGUCAAGAGCUUUUGAAAUAAAAAACUCAGGGUGAAUAGUUACCAUAGACACAAGUAACUACAUUUAAUUCAAGAACGAUGACCAAGACCUAAGCUAAUGCUUCUUAUGGAUGCAAGCUGAAUGCAGGAUAAAAUAAGUAAUGUAACAGAGUGCAUAGUUACUGCAUUUUCACAACUAGAUUUUUUUCCUCUUUACAGUCUUUAUCCCUAACAUCACAGGCAAGGUAUUUUUAAUAGGUGCUACACUAAAAUGGAACAGAAAUAAAAAAAAGGAAAUUCUUUUUCACACCUCUUUGCUGGAGGAAAAUACUCAGAAAAGAACACUGCCUGGUUUUCAUUUGCUUGGGAUUAUGGUGAGAAAUACUGCCUUGAUCUAAGAGCCUGGAAUAUUGUUACGGCUCUUCGCAGCAUUAAAAAGAUGGUAGAGAAGGAUACGGAGUGCACGAAACAUAAAUCAGAGAAGUUUCUAGGUUUCAUAGCACUGAAGGAGUUGGGCCUGCUUUUGGCAUAUUUAAUCCAAACGUAGGACGUUCACAGAGGCCCAGGAAACUCUUGCACAUUUCUUCUGUGUUGAUAUCUAGAAUGAGUUGUACUUAAAAUUAAAGAAAGAGAAACAGAUCUGCCUAUUUGGUGCAUGCAGGCAGUAUCUGAGCUCAGAGGAGAACACCCACAAAAAGUUUCAUUGCCUGAGCCCUGCUCCUACAAAAUGCUGUCUUCUGUUGCAAGUAAAGGCAGUAAAUAAGCCUCCGCAGUACUCCUUGUAUGGGGCUUACUUGUUGAGUUGAGGAGCACUAUAAGAAGAAAGAAUUAAUCAGAUAUGGCUGCAAGAAAGACAGAAAGAGCUGUUUCGAGUUGAUUUGAAAACUAAGAUGACAGCAGGAGGGGUAUCUCAAAAAACAAAGUCUUACCAGUAGGAUCUGUGACCUUCAUGUAGGAGAAUAUGUCCUGGUGCAGUAUGCCCUAGUGCAGGCAAAUGCACACAGGAGCAGAGGCGGCUGUAUGCUGUUUUACCUCAUCCACCUAAUUUUUACAUGCUGCUAAAAAACCCAUUUUGUUCAUGGGUACAAUGAGUGACCCCUAACACCCAGGGAUCUUGACAGCAUGUAGCCAGCAGUGACACACCUUGAAUGCACUGAGAAAACGGGCUCUGUGUGCUUCACCUACCUGUAACUGGGGCAUGGUUUGUGCCUGCACAGUGCUGCUAAUGCACACAGAGAUGCCUGCUAAAAUGUGAAAGAAAUGGGAAAAAAAGCACAAACCCAGAGUGCCCAGAUAACCCAUGGGAGUCAGUGGGGAACGGGUUCUCUGAGGGACUGUUAAACCCUAUGGUAGGAUGAAGGAGGUCAAGGUGGGGUGGGGGGUGUGAAGAUGUGCUGAUGGUCCCUUUGCCAUGGAACUGUCACCCAUGAUCCUGCACUGCACACUGGGCCAGGGCUGCUGGUUACUCUCACAGCCAAACACUGUGCUAAGUGCCCCAGAGCCUCCUUGGCAUCCCGUGUGGUAGCCCUGUAGCAUUAGAAGACAAUACCUAAGUUUUAAAUGCUUUCUGUUGCAUUUCAAAGCCUGUAAUUAUGUGAGGGCUGCACCACUGCCUAUAAGAAGGUGGCGUUAGUUUCUUUUUGUUGUGUGAAGCCGAGGGAGCUUGUUGUUGGUCUGACAGUGUGGCAGAAAGCCUUGGAGGGUGUUUGUGGGGGUGAAGUGUGGCGGGACUGGGACCUGCGGGCUCACCCACAGCUUGCUGGGGGAAUGGUGGCUGGCACGUGCUGUCCUCACUACAGCUGGGUUGUGUUUUAAGACAUGCUCAGUCAAACAGCCUGAACCCACAGAACCAGAAAGUGUACUUACAGUGCUUGAUGUGCAGCUGGUUAGUGUGUCCUGUGCUCAGGUCUGCUCCUUGAUCCUGCUCUUCUUUCUAGUGGACACAAGUCUAAAGGAAAGGACCACUGAAAUGUUGUGUGCUUGUUCCUCAUCCCCGUGUGUUGCUUAUGGACAGGUCCGUGCCUGCCAUUGUGGAGUUAUGUUUGUUUAACUGUUGAAAAUGAAUUCACGCCUGCAAUGUGCCCAUCCAAAAUGCAACCCAGGUCACAGCUCUCAGAUGAACAUUCAGCUGGAAUGCCCCCAGAAACACAGAGCUUGCUAUCUGCUGCUGAACACAGAGGAAAAAAUGUUUGUUCUUACAACUCUUAGCUGUAGCUGUAUAGAAAUUGCUUAUAUCUAUUAACUGCUUAAUAAUACAACCAUUAAAACAUAAUGUUGCAAAAGA